ACAUAAACAUACAAAUCUAUAAUCAACAUACAUUCCUCUCCCCUUCUCAAAAAUGUCAUCUAAAUCUCCAUCAUCAUCAUCAUCAUCAUCAAUCAAAUCAUCCACAUUCCUUCCAUCAUCAUCAUCAUCAUCAUCAUCAUCAUCAACAUCUUUAUCCAUAGAUCAUCAUACUUGUUCAUCAAAAAACAAUACUAAAGAUGAUCAAGAAGAAGAACAAAUUAACUCUAUACUAACAGUAUCAAAAUCAAAAUCAGAUAGACUUUUGGGGAAAUUCUUUGAUGCAUUAGAGUAUGAUUUUGAUUAUGAUAGAAGUAGCAUAUGGUCUCCUCCUAUUCGUAGAAGUGUAUUCUUGACUUCUCCUGGAAUUAUUGUUUCUUCUGAUGAUUAUAAUUAUAUGAUUCAUAAACUUGAUCAUACUUCUCCUAAGAAAAACAACAACAAAUACAAGAAGUGCUUUACUUUUAGCUCUUGCAGAAGGUUUUUCUUGUCUUGCUUCAAUGUCUUUUGGUGCUAUUAAGGAAUAUAUUGGUUUGGUCCACUUCAACACUCUUUUGCUUACUGGGGUCUAAAGUAGUUGUAUUUUGAAUUUGAGUUGUAUUUGUUUUAUAUUGUAACUUGCAUUGUCUUUAAUUUGUAGCAAUUUAAUGUAUACCAUCUUGUUUAAUUUUUUUCUUUAAAUCAGAGUGAUAGUGAAAUAUCACUGAAGUAGUGCAAUUUCAAAAUUUUCUUCUAUGUAUUUUUGGAAGAUAUUAACAAUGACAAUUCAUAGUAAUGGUAAUAUACAAAUUCUUAAAUGAGACGGUUUAACAGUAAGAUCAUUUAUAUUGGGUUGAUUUAAUAUAUACACUUACAGUCUUAAGGUGAUCACUUAUAACCUUAAGUGCAUCAUCAUCAUUAUCAACCCA